UUCCAAUUCCUCUUCUCUCCCACCACAACACACAUAGCAACUUUUUGGUGUUUCUAAGGCCACAAACUUGCUAGCUACGCUCAAAUCGAGCACAAUGCUCGGGUGGGCUAUUAAGAGAAGUUUCCAAGGCGCGACCGGCGCAAACGACGCGUCUGGUGGUGGCGAGGACACUGCACAAUUCGAGGGACCAGACACGCCAGCGCCUGUGUUUGCGGCUCGAGCGAUCAAGAAUGCCCUAUUUGGAAAUCGGAAUUCAUCCGAAGCUGCGAAGAAAAUGGACGACCGCUCAACUUCGAAAGACGCGACUUCCCCGACUAAGCAAUCCCCGAAUAAACAGCCAACAAGUAUUCUAUUGACUCCAGGAGGGACUGGAACUGCACGCAGGAAACGCGUUUCGUUCAAUCACGAUGUCAAGGCUGGAAGUAGUACUCUUGACUCCAGUCCCUUGGCUUCGGCUCAGCAUCGAAAAACAUCAAACCUACGAAGGGCAUUGGAGAAUUCUCGUUCUACAAGGGUUAAGAGGUCCGCUAGGACAGUAGAGGAGGAGCCGUCUUCAAAACCUGCCGAUAACGAAUCCGACGAUGAGUGGGAGGACGAUGUCAAUCAUCAUGAUGCAACGGUUGAUCUUAAUGAGCCCCACUCCGAGUCGGGAAAAUACUGGAAAGGGGAAUUUAAUAAAUACCGCGAGGAGGCAAUGGCUAACAUUGAGCAACUUGUUAAGUACAAGGCAAUGGCUAAGUCAUAUGCUAAGAAAAAGGAUGCUGAGGCAAUAGAGUUGGCUCAGAAACUGAAGGAAGAACAACUAAAGGUUGCUAAGAUGGACGAGGAUAUGGCGGCUAUGUCUGCUCAGAUUGCGAAGAAAAAGCAUGGGAGCAGCAAUGAGCACAAUUCUCUAGAAAAGGACCUAGCCAAGCAGACUCACUUAGCCCAGCGUUAUCGAGAUCAAGUGAAAGAUCUUGAAGCUCUUCUCAAAGACCACGAAGCCGAGUCGAGACGCACCCGAUCCGAACGCCGGCAUAUUGACACUUCGCCUAGAACCGAGCAGACUAUUCUCGAAGUCAAUCGAGAACUUCGACGAGCACGAGCCGAACUAAGACAAAUGGACAAGCUCCGCGAAGAAAACAAGAAGCUUAGGUCUAGCUUGAGUGCAGCAGAGGAGCGAGCGAAUAAGUAUCAUGACGACUCUGCCCACGGAGGAGCAGCGGAUGUGGCCGUGGCUAAGAAGCUAGAGGCACAGCUACGUAUUGCCAAAGAGACGUCUCAACAAAAAGAUGAAGAAAUACAGAAGAUGAAGAGGGACUAUGAGUCCCUAAAGAAGGGUGCUAAAUCCCGAACCGCUGAGGCUCUACAGGUCUUACAGGAGAAGAAUGAAAAGAUUGCUGCGCUAGAGAAGACCGUUAGAGAGCUGGAGGCCGCGAAUUCUUCGGGUAAAGCAACACGCGAUUUAAUGGCAAGCAUCGAGUCCCUUGGCAAGCCCUCCAAAUAUGAUGAAUUCAAGUCCGCAGGCCGCGUCAAACGUUCGGUUUCCGUCGAAGAUCUCUCACUCGACUUGACCCAGAAAUCAUUACUAGGAGGCAAAGAAGAGCCAAAGAAGAAUCCCGUCUCCAACAGGGUCAAGUCCGAGAGCAUGAUACCGUCAGAUUGGUCGAACGGCUUUAGGGACACUAAGAGCCAGAUGAACAAAGCUAAAGACGAACAGGCGGCCACCAACAAGCGAGAGAAGGACCUGAUUAUGGAGGACCGUGAACCGCGUGGACUUCGAUCUGUUACAAAAGCGGAACCCUCCCUACCCUCGUUUGACUGUGGACGAGCGAUGUCUGAAGCGUUCUCAAGCAGACUCAAUCGAUCACCAACGAGAAAUUCGGUUGCUCAUCUUACUCCGAAGGAGUUACUUGACCAGAGGCUUACUGAAUCUCGUGCAAGUCGCACAGAGAAGGAUGUUGAUGCACCUGUAUCUCCCGUGAAAGCAACACCACGCUCUUCAAGACUUCGACCUCGUUCUACACGCCCUGUAUCCUAUGGCAACGAUACACCCGAAGGACCCGGUUAUGACUUGGUGCAAGAUCGUUUCGCUCGCCUUGGUGGCCCGGAGCCCGAGCGUAGUGGUUCGGCGAAUAGUUCUCGCUGUACAUUACCCGUGGAUCGACAGGCUGCAGCCCGAGCUCGCUUGGCGCAGAAGAAACUCGAGAGACUAAAGAAUAUUAGUGGCAACGGCCGCGACAAGGAGAAUAUUCAUCCGUAAGGUUGGAUCGUAUCGAGAAAUUGAGGCAUGACUAUGGUAUGGUCGAAGGUGAAAAUUGGCAUGAUAAGGAAUUGCAUGGUGUUGCAUGGAAUGGGAGUUUAAUGCUUAUUUCCUUUCCUUCUAUUUGAUACUGGUAAACUCUCCUGGCAAGUUGAGGGUUUAAUGGUGAAAGGGAUUUAGGUUUGAGGCGUUGGUGGGGAUUUCGAGAUACCGGCCAUCGAGAUAGCUCUUUUCGUGCAUUAAAGGCUGCUUCUAAACUUUGCUACUAAUGCGCGCUGAAAUACAAAACUCUAGCUUAUAUUUUA